AUGGGAUAUCCGGUGGAGGCGUGGGAUUUUGUGCUACUGAACCAUUUGUUGGAGAAGCUCACCCCUACGCUACGGGAGAAAUUCGAGGCGACCCAUAUGUCUGCGGAACCACCCCGGUAUGAACAAUUGACAACGUUUCUAGCGGGAUAUUGCACGGUGCUCGCGGCGGUGUCGGACGCUUCACCGCAGUCAAACAAAUCGAAAGCGCAGAAUCAGUCGUCGAAGAGGCCCGCGUCGACGACCUCGCUCGUCGCGCAAAACGCCGCGUGCCCCAAAUGUGGGGAACAGCAUCUACUGGCUAGGUGCCCCGAUUUCUUAAAACUCUCGACCAAAGACCGAUAUAACUUCGCACGCGAAAAAGGACUCUGUUUAAACUGCCUCCGUGCAGGACAUAAUCUGACAAAUUGCCCUAGCUCUUGGACCUGCCGAUCUUGUCAGGCGAAGCACCACACUCUCCUGCAUUUCGAGCAGGCCAGCGUCCCACCUCCCGCGAACGCUUCGACGGCUACUCCGGUCGACGACCCCGCGGCGCCGGGGGAUACAGGCGGAAACUAG